GGCGUUCAGGAAGGAAGCGUGGUUUGCCUUUGCAACAAAUUAACAGAACUUCCUUCAUGCGUUUCCUCCUAGCGAUCUUUCAUUAAAUCUAAUGUACAAGAGGAACGACUAGAGACAAAAGCUCAAGAUGGGAUACAUGACAGUUGAAGAGCACACCUCCACUCUGCUUCACCUGAAGAGAGCUCCUGGUAUCCGCUCAUGGUCUCUUCUGAUUGGUAUAGCAUCUGUUGGGUUGGCUGCUGCGUACUACAGCUCAGACAGCCUCCUGUGGAGGCUCUUCUACAUCUCAGGCUGCCUGUUUGUGGCCGUACAGAACAUGGAGGAGUGGGAGGAGGCUGUGUUCGACAAAACCACAAACCAGAUCGAGCUCAAGAACACCAGCUUGUACACUUUAGUGCUGACGUUCUGGAGGAAGGGCGAAGAGCGAGUGGUGUUGGACCUCACACAGCUGUGUGACGUGAGUGUCCAGGAGGAGAAGGUGCGCUACCUGGGAAGGGGUUUCCAUGUGAUGCUACGGUUAGCUGCAGGCUUCUCCUUCCCGCUCACUCAGAGCGCCACGCUGGGAGGACGCAGUGACGUGGAGGCUGUAGCUGCUCUGCUGAAGCGCUUCCUGGGGCUGGAGGAGCUGCAGCGUCGCAGGCAGCAGGAGAGCGAGUACGGAGAGGAUGAGGACGACUCUCCCGUCCACAGCACCGACUCAGAUGAUGAAGCAGACUAACCCAGGCUGGAUGGAGUCCAGGCCUCAGAGUGAUGCGUUCACUCUCCUGCUCGCAUCUUUACUCUGCUUGACUUUUCAAAAUGACUUUCUCUUCACCAGCACUCCUUAGAGAGGAUCAAGUCCUCUGAACUAAUUACUGUUUGAGAGAAGACUCUGGAUUCCUGCCGACACUAACGAGUGUUUACGUGUGGGACCAGAGACGGACGGUUCGGUGGACCACCCAGCCCAGUGGGAAACCCGGAUGAGGGACUGUCGGAGCUCCACCAGGAAAUGACAGUUCUCAGGUUAAUGCUCGGUGCUGAUGAUUUUCACAGAGAAGUGUGUUUAAUCCGGUCUUGUGUGGUUUUUAUGUAAGUGCUACACCACUGAGCCGACAUAAAGGUUGUUUUUACAGAAA